UCCGAACAUCUUCUCAGACACCUGGAACUCACAGUACGCUUCCCCGCAUUAUGAAUUACAUCCGUACCUGGCGUGAUAAGCUCGCGCCGAUCUCUCACACUUCCACAUUUCGCUCCACCGGCCAGAUAACCCCAGAAGAAUUCGUGCUCGCAGGAGACUAUCUCGUAUACAAGUUUCCCACCUGGUCCUGGGCCGAUGCCCCGCCCGCCAAACGAGUCCCUUAUCUACCGGAGGGAAAGCAGUUUUUGGUUACCCGCGGCGUGCCGUGCCAUAGACGACUAGAUGAAAAUUUUGCGGGAGAUGCUGGUAAAGAGGAUGUUAUGAUUAAAGAUGGACUGGGGUCUGGUGAUGGAAAGGAAGGUGAGGAUGAAGAUUAUGGGUGGUUGAAUACCGGCGGCGGCAGCGGCGGUGGUGGCAGCGAACCCGUCACAAUGGGAAGCGAGGCGAGAAUAAAGGAUGUCAGGACGGUAGAUGAGGCCGGAAAUGUAGGAGAGAAGGAAGAGGAUGAGGAGGAGGAGAUUCCUGACAUGGAGGACGAGGAAGAUGAUGAAGAAGCGAUAAUCAGAGAACCGCUCGGGAAGUCGACAAAGGCGCCGCUACGCACUUACUCCCUCUACAUAACCUAUACACCUUGGUAUAGAACCCCUCGCCUAUAUCUGUCCGGUUAUCUAUCCCCGUCCGAACCCCUUACACCUCAACUCAUGAUGGAAGAUAUUGUCGGCGACUACAAAGACAAGACAGUUACCCUCGAAGACUUCCCUUUUUACGACGGUGGUGUGAAAAUGGCUAGCGUCCACCCUUGCAAGCACGCCAGCGUCAUGAAGAUCCUCCUCGAUCGCGCCGACGCGGCAUUGAAGAUCCGGAGGCAAAAGUUGAAACGUGCAAAUGCUGCCGGUGAGCCGGCAAAGGUGGAGAGUGGACUGAAAGGACUAGUGGAUGACACUGCGCAGCUGAAUAUCUCCGGAGGAGGAAAUAGGGCCGGAAAUCCACCUUCUGGUCAGAAUGCCGGUGAUGAGUGGGAGGUCUUGCAGCCUGAGGGAAGCGAAGAGGACGAGGAUGAUCAGCAAGUCGCUAUCCGUGUCGACCAAUAUUUGGUUGUGUUUUUGAAGUUUAUUGCGAGUGUUACCCCAGGGAUUGAGCAUGACUUUACUAUGGGCGUUUAAGCCUAUGUCUCACCCUUCUCUCUUGAGCAGAUAGGUGGCUCGCCCUUACUUUUCGAAUUGGCUGGUACAUGUAAUUUCUGCUUUGGCUGGUUUGUAUGAUAAUUCAAUAUGCUCCUGGGCAGUACCUG